AGCCCAGCAGUGUUGACAAUAGGGUGACAAGAAACAGCCCCGACUCAGAAACCGAGCUGAGGAAAGCACCAAAUUACAAGGGGGUUUGGGGAAGACGAGCAGUUGAAUCAGUAACAGGAAUGUAAUUGCGUGAAUAUAAUCGUUUUAUAUAGCCGUGUUUUGUUAUUCAUGGGAGUUUGAGGAUUAUUCCGUUGGAAGGAAAAAAAAAGGUACUCGUGGGUUUGGCUGUUUCAGGCCAGAUUUUCCUGCUGUUCCGCCGCUGCUGCUGCUUGGGGAAGGCUGCGCCGAGCUGGGAGGUAGCCUAACCGGUUAGCCCGUUAGAUUGUCCAAAAACAUAGGAUAACUCCUCGCCGCCGUCUCCGUUGCAAAACCGCAAAAGGAUCAAGGUAAAGUACCACGAUUGGAGGGGUAACAGCCUCUCGGUCGGCUGCAGCAGCUUGUCGGGCUCGGGUCGGGACUCGGGACGGUGUGUGUGUUCCAGUCUUUGGGCGCUAGCUAACGGUAGCAGCAUUAGCACUGCCCCUGUAUUUACAUCUGGGAUGAUGGGUGAUCGCCCAAGCCCGCCCAGCAGGGCUAUGUCCUCGGCAGCCACCACGUCUCCAUCUGUGGACAAAGUGGAUGGAUUUUCACGGAAGUCUGUCAGGAAGGCCAAGCAGAAGCGGUCGCAGAGUUCGUCCCAGUUCCGCUCUCAGGGCAAACCCAUAGAGCUCACGCCCUUGCCACUGCUUAAGGACGUGCCGGCGCCGGAGCAGCCGGAGCUGUUCCUGAAGAAGCUGCAGCAGUGCUGUACUGUCUUUGACUUCAUGGACACGCUGUCGGACCUCAAGAUGAAGGAGUACAAGCGCUCCACGCUCAACGAGCUGGUGGACUACGUGACCGUCAGCCGGGGCUACCUGACAGAGCAGGCCUACCCCGAGGUCGUCAAAAUGGUGUCUCACAACAUAUUCCGGACCCUUCCGCCCAGUGACAGUAAUGAGUUUGACCCUGAGGAAGAUGAGCCCACGCUCGAGGCCUCCUGGCCGCACUUACAGUUGGUAUACGAGUUCUUCAUCCGGUUCUUGGAGAGUCAGGAAUUCCAGCCCAGCAUUGCCAAAAAGUACAUAGACCAGAAGUUUGUCCUACAGCUCUUGGAGUUGUUUGACAGCGAGGAUCCUCGGGAGAGAGACUACCUGAAGACAGUCUUGCAUAGAAUCUACGGCAAAUUCCUGGGGCUGAGGGCUUUUAUACGAAAACAGAUCAAUAAUAUUUUUCUACGUUUUGUUUAUGAGACGGAGCACUUCAACGGGGUGGCUGAGUUGCUGGAGAUCUUGGGGAGUAUAAUCAAUGGUUUCGCUCUGCCGCUGAAAGCGGAGCAUAAACAGUUUCUGGUCAAAGUGUUGAUCCCCCUCCACACUGUCAGGAGUCUGUCCCUCUUCCACGCACAGUUGGCGUAUUGCAUUGUACAGUUCCUAGAGAAAGACCCAACAUUAACAGAACCAGUCAUCAGAGGCUUACUGAAGUUCUGGCCAAAAACCUGCAGUCAAAAAGAGGUGAUGUUUCUGGGGGAGCUGGAGGAAAUCCUGGACGUCAUCGAACCAACACAGUUCGUCAAGAUCCAGGAGCCGCUCUUCAAACAGAUCUCCAGAUGCGUCUCCAGCCCACACUUUCAGGUUGCAGAGCGAGCUCUGUACUACUGGAACAACGAGUACAUCAUGAGUCUGAUCGAGGAGAACUCCAGCGUCAUCCUGCCCAUCAUGUUCUCCAGCCUCUACAGGAUCUCCAAAGAGCACUGGAACCCGGCAAUCGUGGCACUGGUGUACAACGUACUGAAGGCCUUCAUGGAGAUGAACAGUACCUUAUUUGAUGAACUCACAGCCACUUACAAGUCGGACCGCCAGCGCGAGAAGAAGAAGGAGAAGGAGCGGGAGGAGCUCUGGAAGAAGCUGGAGGACUUGGAGCUGAAGCGGGGCCUUAGGAGCGACGGGAUUAUCCCAACUUAACGAAGACAGCGCCGUGCUCCCCUCUUCGCCCUUCCCACUCCUCUCCCCCUGUGACUCCCCCUCUCCUCCAUCCUUACCCCCGACUCCUCCCCCCUCCACAUCAGCCAUGUCUGGCCAGAGCUCUGAGAAACCCCAGAUACAGGCCAUUGUCUCUGGAUCGUCAUGGAGCGCCCGCUGGUUUCUUAAUUGUCUUUUUUCUUUUAUCUUUUUUUUUUUUUGCUCCUUUUGUUUUGAUUUUUUUUCUUUCUCCUGUGUUUGUGCGACUUACUUUACAGUAGAUUCAUCACGUCUGUUUUCAUUAUUUCAACAGCACUGUAAAUAAUUCUUCUUUUUUUUUUUUUUUUUUUUUUUUCCCUUAAACUGAUAUUAUUGCAAACGGAAAAACAAAAUAAUAAUAAUAAAAAAAGGAAGAAAAAAAAUAGAAAAUGAGAAAAUGACUUGUGUGGGAGGGGGAUUUAAACAACAAUAAAAAACAAACAAACCCAUGAACGACAUGAAAUGAACUUAUGGAAAACAAAAGAAAACAUAAAAGAGAAGAUAGAUUGAAUUUAACUCUUCAUCCCGCUCUUCCUCACUACAGCCCCAUAUGUAAUUUUUAUUUUCCUGGUUCUCCUCUUUGCUUUUCCUCUCGUUGCCUCCCUCCUUCUGUUCCCUCCCUCCUCUCUAAUGGUGCAUCUCUUAUUUCUCCUCCUGUGUGGGACGUCCGGACUGAUUAUGUUCCCCCCUCCUUCUCCUCUCUGGCCCAACCAACCCGCCGGUCUACAGGUUCUGCUUCCUGUUUUGAAUUGGGGGGGGGGGACUGAACAAAAACACAUUUAAAAAGGACAACAGGGACUUUCUGAGUACACAAACCAUUUCCUCUUUGAGUGUGUUUACAUGCGUGUUCAUGGUUAUAGUUAAUUGUACUGGUGUGUGGGGAAUUCUUGUGUUUAGUAUACUUAUUUCAAUUUAGCCCUUCAAAAUAUAUAAUUUCCCAAAAAAUUCAUGUUGCAUUCUCAAAUUACUUAUAAAAAAAUUGCAUUUCCUGUGGCUGCUUCACAGUAAAAGCCUCCACAUGUUUCACCAGAUGAAUUUAAAGAAGCAGGGAAUGUUGAUUCAGCAGCGGUGCGAAGGCUGUCUGUGAAAAGCUUCCAUCAAUCAGAUGAAAUUACCAACCGAAAAAGUGACGUAUGUGCGCUCAUCGUUUCCUGUGAAUAUGAGAGAAAUGGCGGACUCCGCCACUAACAAUGAAAACUUCUAUACAGAGAGGUAAUUACUGAAUGUAAAUACACUGAAUAGGUUUUGAAUAAAAACUGGGGUUUGAAAUGAUGACCUUUAAGGAUUAGAGUUGUUUUUAUUUUCCUCUUUACUUUGGUGCCAUCUAGUGGUUGGAUCAACGCUGAUGAUGUGAAACGGCAGACAAAAAAACUGCAUGAGACCAAAACAAAACGUAUCAGAGUAAUCUGAUAAGUAUAAUAAGUAAAUAUUCUACACAUCAACUUUAACCAGCGAUUUAAGUAAUUGGUGUAACAAAUGACAAACUAAGGGAACAAAAUAAGUAUAUUGAUUGCACAAAUAAUGAAUUAAAUGUGUUGCCCGACUGCCUGAAUCACCUGACAGAGGGUACUUCGAGCGUUGUAUCCUUUUUGGCUGUUGCUUGGAUGAGCUCAUAUCCUGGUUAUUUGAAUUUAUUUUUACAUGGCGACCUCUGCUCACACAAUGGUUCUGAUCCGGAUUCAACACAUUAACGAUAAUAUAAGCGUGUGAAUCCUGAAACGCUCCCGCAUGUAAACGCACUCGAUUAAUUUUCCCCCUUUCUCCUCUACAAAAAAAAAAACGAUGGGACUACUUUUUCUCCUUCCCUCCAUCUUCUUUUAAAAAUAAUGUUUUAUUAACCUUUGACCCCUCCCAUCCCUUCCUCACCUACCAAACCAGGUAUCCCUGGUAUCAGUCUGGCACUGGUACCCUCCGGCCAUAAUGGGGACUUACAAAUAAAAACAAACACAGAAAAAAAAAAAAAAAAAAAGGCUUCAGAGGAGCGCCAAAAAUCUUCCUCCUGUUGUGAAAAGACGAGCGCCCCGCCCCACCUCGCCUCACUCCUCUUCCUCCUCCCUCCGCCCACCGGGGGGGGGGCGCUGCGUUGACUUCACAGUAUUACAACAACAGUGACAAAAAAAGACAACCCUGUACAUUGUUAUUGAAUGCAGUACACUGAUAAUCUUGUAUCUUGUAGUAAUUUAGCCUAUGUUUUUUGCUUAGGAAACUGUGGAGAGGAGUAUCCAGUAUAUAAAGAGGUAUUAUGGAACAAGACUUCCUGGUAUUUAUGAUAGUGUCUCCCCUCUUUUAGUCUGUUUUUUUUCUGUCUGUCACUCCUCCCUCUUUUCUUGGUUUUUAUCUCAUUUUGGAUAUUUUGAUGAAGUUUCUUUUGACCAUUGGCUAUAUAUAUUUUUUUUUAGUUGGGAAGGGAGGGUGAGGGCAGGGAGUCGAGAGGGGGGGAGGAGAGGGAAGGCGCGGAGCAGACCACUUUGCCCUGUUGGGAGUUUGAUGGUGAACCUCCCGCCUCCUCCCUCGCAGAAUUAAUGUGUGCUUUAGAAUGGCCCGGAUAUAAUGACGUUAAAAACUGAAAAAAGGAAAAAAAAAAAAGAUUAAAAAAGGGUUGGAGAAAUACAAAUGUUUAAUUAUUUUAAAAAAAUAAAGAGAUAUUAAAUUAAACCUGUUUUGUGAUAAAGCCCA